AUGGCUUGCGGUCCACAUUCAUGCACCGAACAACACCAAAGACCGUGUCUACCAGUACCAGUACCAGCACCAGUACCAGCACCAGGCACCAAGCACCCCAUUCAGCGCUACGACAACGAUGACGAAGGAAGCUUCAUCGACUCUCUUCCAGAUACCCGCCAUCUGCAAGCUUUUGGCAAAAAAGUCACGGCCACGGCUGGCAGCUUGAUCGGCGCCGAAGGAGUCUCCCAGCACUACCAAAACGCCAUUGGCGAGCUGCACCGCGAGCUCAGGCGUCCUCUGAUGCAGCGCUCAGUCUUUUCCUUUGCCCAAACCACGCCCCGCGAGAUUGUGCGCUCGCGCAUAUCCGUCCCCGAGAUCCAACAGCGGGCUCUGGCCUACAUCCCCAACGACCUGCUCGCCAACAUUCCCGAGGACAAUAGCGAGUUUUCGCUGUUCCAGGGCUUCGAGGCCUCGCUGCCUGAAAAGUCCGACAGCCACCAAGCCAAGCAUGGUCGCCACAAUGCGCGUGGUCAGCGUCUUAUAGGCGGCGGCGACGACGGCGACGACGACGAUGCCAAUGUGCCGCCGUCGAUGCGCAAGCUGCGCAACCAACGGCACAGCAUGGGCCACCGCCUGGAGAUGAUGGGCGUGCGGAAACACAUGUGC